AUGGGUAUGGGCGGGGCCAUGGAUAGCUGUGGCAGGUGUAUGAAGGUGUCACUCAUUGCGGUCAAUGUUGUUAUAUUUCUGAGUGGUGCGUUCGCUUUGGGGGUGGGCACGUGGGUAUGGGUGUCCCGUUCAUUCUCAAGCACGUUGAUGAACAAUAACAUGUUCAUCGCGUCAGUCGCAGUAGUGGUCGUGUCUGGCGCCGCCAUGAUGCUGCUCUCCGUGCUUGGAUGCUGCGGCGCUGCUAAGGAAGUGAAAUGUAUGCUGCUCACGUAUUACAUAUUAAUCUUCAUAAUCUUUGUCGUGGCGCUUGUGGGUGGAAUACUGCAGUUCGUGUUUCGUGAGAAAGUUCACACAACACUCGACCGCGAGAUGUUCGCGUCUAUUCCGUACUACGGCGUGAAGCACGAGUACACAAAGGCCUGGGACGACACGCAGACUUUCCUGCAGUGCUGCGGCGUAAGGAGUCAUAACGACUGGAAUGACAAUGUCCCAGAAAGCUGCUGCAAAGAGGUUUAUUCGGGAAAGCGUUUGGACUGUAAAAGCUCUCCGAAUCCAACCACGAUGUACACGGAUGGUUGUCUUGAAAAAGCUGUAAAUUUCUUGAGAGAAAAUGCGGUGAAUGUUGGAGCGACAGCUAUUGUAACCGCUAUUAUAAUGGCGCUGGCACUAGUAUUUUCAUGCGGGCUGUUCGUGAAAAUCGAAUAA